AUGCCUCCAGCUUACACCGAGGCAGACGUCGAACACACAUGCGAACUCGGACGGCCGCCAUCAUACAGAGAAAAUGGUCGUCCAAAAACGGAGAAGGACAGCGGAGAAGCGUGUGCCAUCUCAGGUUACACGGCAUCUGUGAAUUGGGUACGACGAUGGCUCCCGGAGGACACAGACGAGUGUGAUGUCGAAGAUGUUGAACUUUCAGACGAUUGCCCGACAACCUAUGAGGGGGAUCGAGGGUACCCUUUCAGCAAAGGCUAUAUAGUUGAGCUGGAGGAGGAAUUUUAUGAGGCUUGUGAACGUCUCGAAGAAGCAAAAAGAAAGAGACAACCAUUCCGAGUUCUUUAUUGGAAGUCAAGAGGAGAGUACUACCUCUCACAUUUGGAAUUUAUGGGGCUUACGGAUUUCCAGGAUGGACUAAGACCUCUGGCAGACUACGUGGCGAGGAAAAUUGCUGAUGAUGAGCAGUGGCACAAUCUUCAUCUAGGAGAACACCACUUACGAUCGCUCGACGAAGAGGUUGAUGAGGCGAUGGAGGACGUGUCCAUGGUAGAGUCCGAGAUGGCACUUUGCAGAAUUGAGGUGGGGAAGCAGCCUUCACAGACAUGGCGGUUUGAUCAUGGCCAGGGUCUCCAUAUAUGGGUGCCAAAUGAAGGUAAGUCAUAUGGAGCAGACGAGUUUCGUCGCUUGCCUGAACACCAGCGGGUGUUGAUUUACGAGGGUACAAGAUAUAAUUGA